AUGGCAGUCAUGACAUCAGUCGGCAGCCACCAUUCGAUAAUUGGGAGCUCCACACUUGCCAACCGAGCAUCAACAGCAACUCUAUCCCGAAGCAGUCAGCCUACAAAUAGCUCUACACAAGUCGCCGCACCUCUUUCAAGCUGCUCUGCCAAUUCCUCGACUACUUUGGUAGAUGAUGGAACCGCAAAUCAAUCAUGCAGCGACCAGCAGCACCUUACGGAAGCAAACUUGCUACAACACCAGCAACGGUACAACGACGCCGCCGUCGCUCUGAAAGAAGAAGCACAAGCAAGAAAAUUACAAGAAGUUGGGUCUAAACUCGGCUUUGACCUGCCUCUUCACCGUUAUGAGAAGGAUAAGUGGAAGCCAUAUUAA